AUGACGGGGGCGCUUCUAAGUCAUGAGCUAUCGCAAACUACGAUACGAACGCAAGCAGCUUUAGAACAGGUGCCGGUUGGCGAGCGAGGUCACGCAAAAGAGCAGUUCUUCCUGGACCACCAUAGGAAGAUCGCUGAAAUAUACCCCCUACCAUUAUCGGCAGCCGCAGCCGAGUUCUGGGGUAGCGCCGACCUUGUCGAUUUGCCUUCCCUCACGCGUUCGCACAUUACCGGGCGCAUCAUUCCGCGCCAGCCUAACAUGCAUCCUCGUAUGCGCGCCUUCAAAACAUGGUCGUACAAAGAUUUGACCGAAGACCCUCUCGAGCACAUCAACCAUCACAGAAAGUCUAUAAAACAACAGUACCUCUGGAUCCUUGAGCUGGAAUGGGAGCUUUACGCGACGGUCGAGCAGGCGAACGACAAAGACAGAGUGAUUGAACAGCUCGAGAAAGACAACGAGAGGCUCUUGGGAGAGUUGAUAAAGCUCAACGACUGGUCCGCUGAGUACAGCGAUCUGAUCACCGUUUUGCGACAUAAGCUCGGGACCGCACGGCCUUCUUCGAUGAUCACCGCCGUGCCGGAACAGCUUAGCCCAGAGUUGAGAUACAAGCUCGCGGCCGCAGUGCCUGCUUCGAGGCUCACUGCCGUGCCUAAACAGCUUAGGCCAGAGUUGAGACACAGGCUCGAGACUGGGUGGGUCGCUAUGAUGAUCCCCGCCGCGUCUGCACAGUCCAGCGAUGAGUAUGAAGAGCUCCUUCGCAGGCACAAGGAACUGUGGGAGCAAUUCCUCUUGACGGGUGACGACAUCAAGGAGCUGGAGGCGGAGAAGAAGAGAUUCACUGAGGAACGCAGUGAGUUGGUAGCCGAAAACAAACGUCUCAGGACAAGAUUCAACGAGCUAUCAAUAAUGGCUUUGGAUAAACGCAGAACCGGCAAACGCCACGUCACCACAACCCGGAUCUCGAGGGUGUCUUCAACCUCUGCAUUCAGGCAGUCUAUCACCGGCCCGAAGAGAAGAUUUAUCAAGCUUCGAAAGCGAGCAACGAGGAUGCGGAUUGGGUGCCAGCAUUCCGCUGAGCCGAACCAACCGGCAGAAAAAAGGAUAGGAUGGACAACAGACCUCGUAUGGCCGAUGGUUAUCGAGGAUGAGUAG